CCUAUCUUCGCGUUUCGCGUUCUAUCUGGGUUAGUUGCGAUUUCUUCCUCCGCUUUCCCGGGUGCGCGCUCUCUCUCUCUCCAUGGAUCUCGCCGCUGCCAUCGCCGUGAUCCUCUUUGCAGCGGCGGCGGUUCCGAGAACGUCGGGGUCCAUCCACAGUUACGAGUUGGAACCAUUCAAGGAGGUGGGCAACGCGGUCCUGCUUUCCGGCGGCAGUGAGGGCAUUGCCGCCUCCCACAUCGAUGCUCGGGGUCCCUACGGGAUCGGUGACGGUCGGGCUUACAUCAGGUUCAGCAGCAUCACAUUCUGGAGGAGUAAGGAGUCAGCUAAGCAGCAUCCAAACACAGAGCACAGUACAGGAUUAAUCCAGGCAAUUAUAUUUGAGGCAGCUGACCGUGACAAUAUUGGUGGAUCUGCAUAUGGUGGGCAGAGGGCCAUAUGUUGCACUCCUGAUCUUGCUAAUCUUGAGGGGUGUAAGGAAGGAGAGGUCAUCAGAAGACCAUCUUUAGUGGAUCCAAACUGGCCAGUUAUACUUAGUACACACUUCAAUGCAGAUCUUUUAUCCGCAAAGAUGUCUCCUGAUCUGGUUAACAUAACAAAGACUGGAAUGUAUAACUUGUUCUUCAUCUCUUGUGAUCCUAAGCUAAAAGGACUCACAAUGAGUGGGAAGACAAUCUGGAAAAAUCCUGAUGGUUACUUGCCUGGAAGGAUGGCACCAUUGAUGGAUUUUUACUUGUUCAUUUCUCUGGCGUAUUUGGCUCUCAGUUUCAUUUGGUUUUCUCAAUAUGUUCGGUUCUGGAAGGAUAUUUUACCUCUCCAGAAUUGUAUUUCAUUAGUUAUUGCUCUGGGGUUGUUUGAAAUGACUCUUUGGUACUUUGAGUACUUAAGUUUUAAUGAGACUGGCAUAAGGCCUGUAGGAAUAACAACUUGGGUUGUCACUGUCAGAGCUGUCAGAAAAAGUGUCUCACGUCUUCUUAUUCUUACGGUUUCUAUGGGAUAUGGUGUCGUACGACCUACGCUAGGAGGUCUAACCACAAAGGUGCUUCUUCUCGGAGUAACAUACUUUGUGGCAUCAGAAUUACUCAGUAUCUCAGAAAAUGUUGGGACAAUAAAUGACAUCUCAGGGAAAGCAAGACUAUUUCUUGUCCUUCCGGAUGCAUUUUUGGAUGCUUUCUUGAUUCUUUGGAUCUUUACUUCGCUUUCACGAACCUUAGAAAAGCUACAGGCUCGGAAGAGUACUGUGAAACUGGACAUAUACAGGAAGUUUACAAAUGCAUUGGCUGUUGUUGUGAUUGCUUCAGUUGCAUGGAUUGGGUAUGAGGUUUACUUCAAAGCAACAGACCCAUUCAGUGAAAGGUGGCAGAGUGCAUGGAUCAUCACUGCUUUCUGGGACGUUCUAUCUUUCUUGCUACUCUCUGUUAUGUGCUAUUUAUGGGCACCAUCUCAAAGCUCUCAAAGGUAUGCUUAUUCUGGUGAAGUUGGCGAGGACGAUGAAGAAGCACAGUCGCUUACAAAAGGUACUUCCGAUGGCAACAUUGGAUUGGUGAGGAUCGAUGGGAAGGAAAGGAAUAGGGAUCACGAUGACGACGACGAAGAUGCUGCAGAGGACAAGCAAGAGUAGUUUCCUUCUCCAAAUUUGUACAUCCACGUUGGUAGAUUGUCCACGGAGCCCAGAAUUAUCUCUCUCGUAGAAGCUUAAUGCUUCUAAGAAUAGUUGGAAUAGGGUGGGAAUUUUUGUGAGUGGGGAAGGUAGAGCAGGACUAUCAUGGCUAAGUUUAUGAAUGCUUGUUUAAGUUGGACGUCCACCUUAAAUUUGCGUUGUGUCAAUUCAAAAUUUUCACUUAGCUCUACAAAAUACUUUCUAUUUGUCAGUUAUAUCUUUGUAUCGAAUUUUUAUUCUUUGCUUUGUAAUUUAUUUUCUUUUUUUAA